AUGCAUGCUAGGCAAACUGUUGACAUCAACGACGAAGCCGGUGUUAGGAUCAACAAAAGUUUUCGAUCACUGGUUUGUGAGGCCGGUGGAUAUGAUAACAUAAGCUUCAUUGAGCGGGAUGUUCGCAACUACAUUGGUAAACAAAGAAAGUCACUGUGCAAGGAUGGGGAUGGACAAGCGUUGAUUCGACACUUCUCACAGAUGAGAGAAUUGAACAACAACUUCUUCUUCGAUAUAGACAUGGACGAAAAUAACAGAAUAUGCAAUGUUUUUUGGGCCGACGCAAGGAGUAGAGCGGCAUGUCAAGAUUUUGGUGAUGUGGUGUCAUUUGACACAACCUACUUAACAAACAAAUAUGACAUGCCAUUUGCGCCUUUCGUGGGAGUCAAUCAUCAUGGGCAGUCAAUUUUGUUAGGUUGCGGCCUUGUUUCUUGUGAGGACACAAGUACGAUUGUGUGGCUUUUUAAGUGUUGGCAUCGAUGUAUGUCCAACGUCGAACCUGAUGGUAUCGUUACUGACCAGUGUAAGGCAAUGAUGAACACAAUUAAAGUGGUAUUUCCAAACACAAAACAUAGGUGGUGCUUAUGGCACAUCAUGAAAAAGGUUCCUAAGAAAUUGCAAGGGUACACAAACUACAAACCUAUGAAGACGGAAUUGAAGAAACUUGUGUACGAUUCCAUCUGUGUUAAUGACUUUGAGUUAGGGUGGGUGGAUUUUAUUACCAAGUAUGACUUGAAUGCAAAUGAAUGGUUGUGUACGUUGUAUGAUGAGAGACAUCGUUGGGUUCCUUGCUAUUUGAAAAGUCAUUUCUGGGCUGGAAUGUCAACUACACAAAGGAGUGAAGGCAUGAAUGCAUUUUUUGAUGGAUUCAUCAAUUCUAGCACAACCUUGCAAAAAUUUAUCGCACAGUACGACAAUGAAUUAAGGCAAAAGGCAAAAAAGGAGUUUGAAGCGGACUUCGCAUCUGCGAAUACAACUGUUGCAUGUGGAUUUCAAUCACCAAUUGAAAGACAAUUUCAAUUAGAAUACACACGCCAAAUUUAG